AUGAAGUGGUUCUUGGAGAGCAUCGCUAAAAUUGGAGAAUGCGAGAAGAGGUUAUGUUUUGAAAAUGCAGUUUUUAAUUAUCCUUUGACAGGAUGUGACAUGUGUGCCGAUAACCGCAAUGGCGAGUGCCCCAUGCACGGGCCCCUCCACUCACUGCGCCGUUUGGUGGGCACCAGCAGCGCUGCCGCAGCAGCCCCUCCACCUGAGAUCCCAGAGUGGCUGCGGGACCUGCCCCGGGAGGUGUGCCUCUGCACAAGCACCGUGCCUGGCCUGGCCUAUGGCAUUUGUGCAGCACAGCGGAUCCAGCAAGGCACCUGGAUUGGACCCUUCCAGGGAGUCCUGCUCUUGCCAGAGAAGGUUCAAGCAGGAGCCAUCAGGAACACUCAGCAUCUCUGGGAAAUAUAUGACCAAGAUGGGACACUGCAGCACUUUAUUGAUGGUGGAGAACCCAGUAAGUCAAGCUGGAUGAGGUAUAUCCGAUGUGCAAGGCACUGCGGGGAACAGAACCUAACAGUGGUUCAGUACAGGUCAAAUAUAUUCUACCGGGCUUGUAUAGAUAUCCCCAGGGGCACCGAACUGUUGGUGUGGUACAAUGACAGCUACACAUCUUUCUUUGGAAUCCCUCUCCAGUGCAUUGCACAAGAUGAAAAUUUGAAUGUCCCUUCGACUGUAAUGGAGGCCAUGUCCAGACAAGACACCCUACAGCCAUUUAAUAAAAGUAGCAAACUAUCCCCUGGCACUCCACAGCGAUCCAUAGUAUUUCCACAGACUCCGUGUAGCAGAAAUUUUUCUCUCCUGGAUAAGUCUGGGUCCAUCGAGUCAGGAUUUAACCAGAUCAGUGUCAAAAACCAACGAGUUCUUGCAAGCCCAACUUCAACAAGCCAACUAAAUUCUGAGUUCAGUGACUGGCAUCUUUGGAAAUGUGGGCAAUGCUUUAAGACUUUCACCCAGCGGAUCCUCUUACAGAUGCAUGUGUGUACGCAGAACCCUGACAGGCCCUACCAGUGUGGACACUGCUCCCAGUCUUUCUCCCAACCUUCAGAGCUGAGGAACCACGUAGUUACACACUCCAGUGACAGGCCCUUCAAGUGUGGCUACUGUGGUCGUGCCUUUGCUGGGGCUACCACACUCAACAACCACAUCCGGACACACACUGGGGAAAAACCCUUCAAGUGCGAGAGGUGUGAGAGGAGCUUCACACAAGCCACCCAGCUGAGUCGACACCAGAGGAUGCCCAAUGAGUGCAAGCCAAUAACAGAGAGCACAGAAUCAAUUGAAGUGGAUUAA